CCCAUACCACGGCGACCACACGCCUCUGUCGCUAGCACACAUUGCAUGAUUUGCGAGCGCCAAUUGGAUGCGUGGCGUGCCGGGUCGCGAGACGCGAAUGGGACCAUGGCUGCGGCGUCUGUGUCAGGCGCCGCCUCGGAGCCGGAUGGGAGCACAUGGAAUCCUUCGGACCGGGGGUAGCAUCACGCAUUGCGUCGCCAGAAAUACGCCCUGCCGGUCAUAUUCGACCCGGAUGCCGGCCGUCAGACAUGCUCCCGUCAUUUCGAUUCUUCCGCGAACAGUAACAAUCUCACAAUGCCGCCACGCCAGUUCCUCAGCCAAGGACGGCCCCGAGCAGCGCCGCGCCGCCGAGCUCGAAGAGCGCAUCGCCGCCAUCCCCAUCGAGCGCUACCGCAACUUCUGCAUCGUCGCCCACAUCGACCACGGCAAGAGCACCCUGUCCGACCGCCUGCUUGAGCACACGGGCACCAUCUCGGCGAGCGAUGCCAACAAGCAGAUCCUCGAUAAGCUCGACGUCGAGCGCGAGCGCGGCAUCACCGUCAAGGCCCAGACCUGCACAAUGAUCUACCGCCACCCGACCACCAAGCUCGACUACCUCCUGCACCUGGUCGACACGCCUGGCCACGUCGACUUCCGCGCCGAGGUCACGCGCUCAUACGCCUCGUGCGGCGGCGCCCUGCUGCUUGUCGACGCUUCGCAGGGCGUGCAGGCGCAGACCGUCGCCAACUUCUAUUUGGCGUUCGCCCAGGGCCUGACGCUGGUGCCGGUGGUGAAUAAAAUCGACUUGCCGACGGCCGACGUCGAGCGCGCGCUGGAGCAGCUUGAGAGUGUUUUUGAGCUGGACACGUCCAUCGCGGUGCGGGUGAGCGCCAAGACGGGGCAGGGGGUUGGGGAGAUUCUGCCGGCUGUUAUUGAGCAUGUGCCGGCGCCCAAGGGAGAUACGGCGAAGCCGUUGAGGAUGCUGCUGGUCGAUUCGUGGUAUGAUACCUUCAAGGGGGUGGUGUUGUUGGUGAGGGUGUUUGACGGGACCGUGCGGGCGGGGGAUAAGUUGGUUAGUUUGGGCACGGGGAACGAGUACACCGUUGGGGAGGUGGGCAUUCAGUAUCCGAAUGCGGUGCCGCAGAAGGUCUUGAGGGCCGGGCAGGUCGGGUAUGUGUAUUUCAACCCUGGGAUGAAACAGAUUCAGGAUGCCAAGAUUGGGGAUACCUUUACUACGGUUGGGUCUGAGGGCGUCGUGGAGCCGUACCCCGGGUUCGAGGAGCCCAAGCCGAUGGUGUUUGUGGCGGCGUUUCCGACCGACCAGAGCGACUAUCACAAGCUGGAGGACAGCAUUGGGCAGCUGGUGCUCAACGACCGCAGCAUAACGCUGAAGAAGGACUUUUCGGAGGCGCUCGGGGCCGGGUGGCGGUUGGGGUUCCUGGGGAGUCUGCACUGCUCCGUUUUUCAGGACCGGUUACGCCAGGAGCACGGGGCGGACAUCAUCAUCACGGAGCCGGCCGUGCCGACAAAGAUUGUCUGGUCCAACGGCGGCCCGGAGACCAUCAUCACCAACCCGGCCGAGUUCCCGGACAACGAAGACGUCCGCAUGCGCAAGGCCACCAUCUACGAGCCCUUUGUCCUUGCCACCAUCACCCUGCCUGACGAGUACCUCGGCCGGGUCAUCGAGAUCUGCGAGAAUGCCCGCGGCAUACAAAAGAGCAUCGAGUUCUUCCACGCCACCCAGGUCAUCCUCAAGUACGAGGUGCCGAUGUCGAGCCUGGUGGACGACCUGUUUGGCAAACUGAAGGGCGCCACCAAGGGGUAUGCCACGCUCGACUACGAGGACGCUGGCUGGCGGCCGAGCAGUCUGGUCAAGAUGAACCUGCUGGUUAACAAGAAGCCCGUCGACGCGAUCGCGCGCGUGGUGCAUUCCAGCCAGGUGGACCGGCUGGGCAGGCAGUGGGUGACCAAGUUCAAGGAGCAUGUGGAGCGGCAGAUGUUCGAGGUCGUCAUUCAAGCCGCCGCCGGCAAGCGCAUCGUUGCGCGUGAGACGAUUAAGCCUUUCCGAAAGGACGUGCUCGCCAAAUUGCACGCCAGUGAUAUUUCCCGCCGCCGGAAGCUGUUGGAGAAACAGAAGGCUGGUCGGAAGCGGCUGAGGGCGGUCGGAAACGUUGUCAUUGAGCAAGCGGCGUUCCAGAAGUUCUUGUCGAAGUGAGGGCUGCUGGGUAAGUGGUAUUAGUGUUGUUGUACUGUUACAUGUAUUCUUGUGAGAUGCAUAGCUGGCGUUGGGGCGGUGUACGAACAAUAGAGGCAACGAAUGCUGGUGUUCGGAAGGUUUUCUGUCGGAUACCAUGAUUUGAUAGUUAAUCGGAAGGGGUUGCCUUAUUGUUGAUUCAUCGCGAGCGUCAGUCGUGUGCAAGUAAGAGGGGCGCCUGCCUAUUCGAUGAGUUUGAGCUUGAAGGAUGGAUUGAGUCUUAGGUAUUCAAACAUCAGCUUUAAUCGAUGCUUUCC